AUGUGCUUGCUUUUGAGAAAACCAGUAGUCUUCAGAUUAGGACUAGGGAUAAUUACCGUGUUAAUUUUGUGUUUACCUGAAUUUUUCAAAAUCCAUGAAGCUAACACUGUAAUGGUGUCCUGCAUGGAUACCUGUUCAUCAAGUAACACCACUUUUCCACUUUGUACUUUUGACAAUUCUUACAAAAGAUCAGUGAAACAAAGAAGAGAAACCCAGACCAUUUUGCUGAAGGUCAUUAUAAAUAAUUCCGAUUUCCAAAAUAUUCCAUGUAUUUGCCAGUCAUCCUGGAGGGAACAACAGUCCCACCCUAAACAGACAGAGUGUGAAACCAAGAGGGAUGUGAAUGUUGAUCAUCAAGGAUCAGGGUCAAUGGCUAAAAAAACAAAAGGCUCUCUUGAAGUGAAAACAGAAAGUGUUAUUUAUUUUUAUAAAUAUAUAAAUUUCACCAUGGUUUCCAAGAAAGAAGUGGAGCAUAAUAUGAACUACCUGGUGGAAAUCCACAUCAACAAUUCUAUAGUCGGAGGAAAAAACACAACCAACGAACAACUAAAUCAUUCUUGUCUCUUGGCAAUGAUGGAAGACCAAAAUGACUGUAUAAAUAUUUCACUGCAACUGAAGUCUUAUAUGGAAUAUCCAAUGUGUAUGACGAAGAUCAUUUGGCUCACUCUGAUUCCAGUAGUUUUUAUAUUUACUGUUUCAAUCGUCGUCUACAAAAUAGUCCAAGAAAAUAAACGGAAUUCAGAUUAUAAACAAAGAGUAGCAACAUCAGUUUCUAUUGUUCUAAGAAGAAAGAGUUCCAGACAUGCAAGAAGAACUGUAUCUGCUACUAAAAUUCAUCCUUUUCCUGUGAAAACCAGCAAACAACAGGUUCCACUUCCUGCACAGACCACAAAGAUACUGCCUGUAAUUCCUGAACAAGAGCACUGUCAUGUGGAUCAACUCUAG